GCCACCCCCUGGCAAUGCCUACACUGCCUACAUCGUAGAGGAAGCUUUCGCAAAUCGAUCUCGUUCACCCUGGCGAAUUUGCUGUGUGGAUUGCAGCUAGCACCAAACCCUAAAAAUUCUCGAUAGGUGGUCACGAUGCCCAGCAGGCUGUGUGAGCGCUGCAGCCUGAUGGCCCAGCUGGAUGCAAAUAUCAACGGGGCAGAGAUGAAGCAUCACAGCAGCUAUCAAGAAAUGGCAGGAUUCGCGAAAGCUGGCUGCGAAAUAUGUUCUGCAGUCGUUUCAGGAAUUGUGGAGCGGUCGCCGGGGGAAAUUGUGGAGCAGAAGCAAUCCGGUCUCCAUGACCAUGAGACUGACGACAUGCAAAUAUUUUGCAGAGCUGUCCGGCGCGGAGAGGGAGAGGAUUCCUACCUACACCUCGCCUUUGAGGGUAAACAGCUAAGGACAGUCCACCAGUUCCUAUCUCGGCGGUCUACAAUAGACGAAGAUGUCGAGGAGAGAUUCAAUCCGAAGGUGGGGCUGAGUAUCCCUAGAAGUUGUAGAUCUCCUGCGUGUUUUGAGAUGGUGUUACAAUGGACGACAAGGUGUAUCGAGAAUCAUGAGAGAUGUAACCGCGACCCUGCAUCGCCCUCGACAAUGCCCACCCGAGUCCUAGAUAUCGGCAACUUGGCAACUCCACCUCGGAUAUUGGUCACGCAUGGCAAGAAAGGAGAGUAUGCUACUCUAAGCUGCUGCUGGGGUAAAGGUUACCAGCAACCUAUUACCACAACUUACAAUCUCGAGCAACGAGAGACAGCUCUCUAUCUCACAACCUUACCGCCUGUUUUCCAAGAUGCUAUCACAAUCGUAAGGAAAUUGGGAUAUAGAUAUCUCUGGAUUGAUUCUCUUUGUAUUUUGCAGGAUUCAGUAGACGACUGGAACGCAGAGUCAGCGAAAAUGGACCAAUAUUAUACGGGCUCGAGCCUCAAUAUCAUCGCGGCGGCCGCCAAGGACCCUACUUACGGUAUCUUCGACUCAGCAGAUCUUUUGAGGGACAAAGCCAGAUAUCGAAAUUCGCUACGGGAGAGUCAUGUACAAGGUCAAAACUUCGUUGAAAAACGGGCAUAGACGCUUCAAGAGGAAAUUCUUCCGCCACGGAGCAUACUUUACACAGGAGGCGCCAUUCACUGGAUUUGCAACCAUGAAUCAUAUACAUAAGAUUGCCCGUCUCAGCCACGGACCGAGGGGCUCUGCGUACGUAGUAUGUCCAAGACUAAACUGCUGUUCAACUUACCAGUACGCUGGGAUAAAAGAUAUCAACAUGGAUUGCCCCAAGAAGGGGAUGAAAAGGAUAAAGAGAAUGAGCAGUUCUUCCAUUGGUGGUAUGAAAUGUUGAACAGUUAUUUGGAUAGGGAGUUGUCUUUUGAUCGAGAUCGAUUACCUGGGACAGCUGGACUCGCCAAGGAAUUUGCAAGGCGUACGAACGCUCAAUACUUUUGCGGCCUCUGGCGUGAGGAUUUU